ACGAGGUAGUUUAUAUGCAGCGGCGUCGAGCGCGCGCGCCAGUCCCGCCGCCAUGCCCGCCUGCGCGCCCGAGUACGGCCGCCUCGCGCGCUCUAACACAGAGCUCGUGUUCUCUCCGCGAGUCAAGCGCUGCUCGCACCAACCGCCGACCUUCACUGCGCUGCGACGCUCCUUCUCUUCCACAUUCUCGCUUAUCCCCGAAGAACGAGCCAUCUCCCCGGAGCGCCCGCCACCGCUACCCCGCAUCAUCAGAAUCCUCACCUGGGGGCCUCGACUCUUCUUCCGACCGCUCUUCGCUCUGCUGAGUAUCGUAGCACACCCGGCUUGGAAACAGAUUCUUGUGGUAUUGCCGACACUCUGGAUUGCCGCGUCGCUGUUUAUUUUCUGGAAGUGCAUACAGUGCCCAAUAGGUGUGAUAAAAUUGAUUGCUCGCGCUCUCCGUUCAGAACAAACCACCAAGCAAAGAACCGUCCUCAUCAGCGGUGGAAGUUCUGUUCAAGCGUUGCACUUGGCGAGAAAUUUCCACUCAGCGGGGGCGAGAGUCGUCGCCUUCGAGUUGGAGGGACAAUUUACUUUGCUGAAAUAUUCCGCAGCCGUUAACAAAUUCUACACAGUUCCAAGGCCCAACCCAGCGGACCCGUUAGCUUAUGCGCGCGCCUUGCGUGAGAUAGUGGACAGAGAAUCAGCGGUGUUCUAUGUACCCGUGAGUUCCUCGACCCCGGCUUAUUAUGACGCACUUGCCAAACCAUAUCUAGAAGUAAUGGGUUGUCAGUGUUUCGUGCCCAGUGCUCGUGACGUCGUAACUUUGGAUGACCCUUUGGAGUUGAUACGCGUGUGCCGUGCGGCCGGGUUGGCGACACCGGAGUUUUGGGUAGUGGCCAGCGAACACGAUGUUCGUUCGUGGUGCGAGAACUACGCCUCCAGGGAAGGCCGGUAUUAUAUUGCUAGUGCUGGGGCUAGAGGUGCUAGAGACCGGCUACGAUUCGUCAUGCCAGAAGAUAAAUCAAACUUCAGAUUUACCCGCGAGAUAAGCGCAGAGAAGCCGUGGGUUAUUAUCAAAGAGCCCAAAGGAGAAAGGAUUGUGACUUGUACGACUUUAAAGGAAUCCCGAGCGGUAAACAACGUUACAUGUCGCGUAGAUUCUGUGAGGAAAGGAUUGGUGCCGCAGAAAGACGAAGAGGUCGACAUGUGGGUGCAGAAAUAUGUAUCAUCAUUGUCACCAUCGAAGCCCAUGACCGGUCACAUGUCAUUCAGACUGGUACGUGAAGAAGCCUCGACAAACGGGCACGGGAACAGGAUAGUUGCGAUGGCAGCUCGAGUAGGAGUCUCAUUGCCUUAUUUAUGCCAAACUUCGACGAGUCGAUGUGGACACACAGCUACUGUGGGAAAGCUGCUGGAUUCUGUGUUGGACACACGCGAAGCACUUUUCGCUUUCUGGGACCCACUGCCAUACUGCGCAUACUAUCGCUCCCGGCGGCCUGAAGAGCGCCGUCCGCCGUCGCCGGAGCCCUGCAAGACACCCCCUAAUGUGCCCCUCUGAAGUGAAAUCAGUGCUGGCGUAACAAUUAUUUAUUUAAGACACUCUGUACCUGAAGAGUCGUGAGUGAGCUCUCUGUUCGGCUGACGCCGUGUGCAAGGCGCGCUCUGUCUGUUGUUCUCCUCGUUACCGAUGGACGGUUCCGGGGGCGAUACGAUAUGUUUGUAACUACUAAGUAGAUACCCGUACCAAAUGUUAUUAUUAACUUAUACUAAGUAUAUUAUUAUUAUGUUAGAUAAAGGAAUAAAAACACGGUCGACUAAA